AAAUAGCUUGUCACUAGAUAAGCAGUACAUAGCAAAAUCUGUGUCACUUGUGGAAAUUAGAGCAGCAUACAGUCUUGUUCUUUCCUGAGGCCAGAAACAAGUUUGCAAGAGGACACAUCAACACGAAUGUGGGAUUCCCAUCUGAGAAAACCUGAAAACUGUUAACGUACGACAUAUUCUACUCUAAUCAUUCUUAACACAACAAAGAUGAAGUCUUUACUCAUCUUAAUUUACUUAAUAUGGGCCAAAGGCCAUCACUGUGUGCCUAUCAAAGAUGAAGAAUAUAAUGAUGUGGAAAAUCUGAAAGUUUUGUCCGAAGUUGGAGAAAAAUAUGUAGACGAAGAAGUAAAGAAAGCCUUGAUAGGCAUUAAGCAAAUGAAAAUCAUGAUGGAAAGAAACGAACUCAAGCACACGGAUCUGAUGAAAACCUUAAAGAAGAGCAGUGAGGAAAAAGAGGAGGCGGUGAGGCUUAUGAAUGAAGUGAAAGAAAGGCUAGAAGAAGAAGAAAACAUAUGCCAGGGAUCACUGAAGAAUCUAUGGGAUGAAUGCAAAUCUUGUCUAGAAAGCAACUGUAUGAGGUUUUAUACUACCUGUCGUCAUGGUCUCUCCACAUUUACAAGGAAGAUUGAAGAUUUUUUCAGGAAAAUGACUCCAUUAUCCCUUCCUAUGUAUGAGCUUCAAGAGAAAGAUCUUCCAAAGAAGGAAGAUGUCCAUAUUGCACAAAUGGAAAACCUGUUUAACCAGCUGUUAUCUGACAUGGGCAUCAUCUUUGAAAAAAGUUUUGUCUUCUUCAAGCAGAUGCAAAAAGAAUUUGACCAGUCUUUCCAAAUGUAUUUCAUGUCUGAUCCAGAUGUGAUAGAGCCCUAUUAUUUGCCAGCCUUUCCUGAAGAGUCUUCAAGAAACACAGGCUCCCCCAAAGACUGGGAGGCACCGGGAUUCUUGCAACUGGUUUUUGACUUCAGUAAAACCAUUUUGGAAGGUGUUGGUGAAGUGAUAACUGAGGCAUUUGAUGAAUACCAAGAAAGUGCAAGAGAGUUGGUGGAGCAAAUUAAAGAUUCCAACAAAAGUGGAAUGUUCUCUAGGAACAUACCAGGCCAUGAGAGAACUCCAUGCAGUCAGCUACGUCAGAACUUAUCAGGAUGCCCUCAGUUCCAGGAAAGAUGCCAUGAAUGUCAGGAUGAUCUUGUGAGAGUUUGUCCCAAUGUUCCUGAACUUCAUAUCAAGUACGAUGAUUCUUUUAAGUUGGUCAAUAUUUCUAAUGAGCAGUAUCAACAAAUUCUCCAGAUGGUCCAGCGUCAUACAGAAGACACAUCCUACUUGUUGAAUAAAAUGAAAGAAAGGUUUGGCUGGGUCUCUGAGUUAUCCAACAUGACCAUUGGACCUGAAAACAUUUUCAAUAUAGUCAAGGUAUCAUCAAUUGCCAAAGGAAGUGAAAAUUCCAGUCUGAAUGAAACGGUGGUUGAUGUGAAUAUUUUGACUUCACCUACUUUUACCAUUAAGGUCCCCCAGGAUCUAGACACCGAGAGUUCUGAAUUCAUUGAGUUUGUUGCUGGGAAAGCUUUACAACUUUACAAAAAAAAUUUCUAGACGUGGAAAGCUGAUUCUCUUCAUGUUACGAAUUAAAACAUGUUAAACCAUUGAAUUUGACCACCUUUCUACACAGCUCUUAAGAUAGAUGUGAUUUCCAGGCUUAAAAUGUAUAAUGGACCUGUUUUCUGUCCCAUCCCCUUCAACCAAAUGUUGGCCUGCAUUCCAUGCCCAGUGAAUUCACUUUGUCUCCUUUAAGCCAUUCUAGGAGUUUAUUCUCUCCUUAGAAGCUUUUUUUCUAACGUUUCCCCCCUUCUGUGUGAUGCUGAUUUGAAUUCCUGCAAACUUUCAGCACCCUCAAGCAUGUAGGUACCUUCCUUUUGUGUGUGGAUCAUGUUAUUUAACUAUGUGUAAAUUCGCACCCACAUGAAUUCACCAUGUUUGACAGUAUUACAAUAUGUAAGAAAAUGGUGUAAGAGCAGACCUGAAACUUAAGGUUAAGUCUCUGAAAGAUGUGAUAAACUUUCCUUACAAUUUCUACCUUUAUUUAUUAUACGUUGCCAUAUUAGGCAUUAGUUUUGGAAACUUAAUGUGCUUUGCUAAAGUCAGUAUCCUGCAAUGAUGCUGAAAGAUGUAUUUAUGUGGCAUUGAUACAGGUUGUAUUGUAUCCUUGCAUUUAAAGUUUUGAAACGUCUUUUUUUAAAGCUCCUGUAUCUGCAUCGUUAAUUGUGGUAUUUAUCUCUCUUUACAGCAGGCAUGGGCAAACUUCAGCCCUCCUGGUGUUUUGGACUCCAACUCCCACAAUUCCUAACAGCCUCAGGCCCUUUCCUUUUCCCCCCUCAGCCGCUUAAGCGGAGUUGGAGUCCAAAACACUUGGAGGGCUGAAGUUUGCCCAUGCCUGCUAUACAGGAAUGUCUGGAAAAAUGCAAACUACUGUAUACCCAACAAUUUUUCUUUAAAACAAUAUGCCAAAAUGUAACUUUACAGAAAAGACAGCGAAUAAAAAAAGGUUUAUUAAGGUAUAAUAUUAUCAUGCAUGUAACUCCCCAAGAACCUUUCUAAUUGUCUUUGACUAGAGGAACUGUCUUGGUAAAAACGAAAGAGGAUGUCUACAAAGAUAUCAAUGAUGUAUUUGAAUCUGACUCUUCUUAGUGUUUGGCUUGUGUGUUCAAAAGAGGAUGGAGGUGAGGGAAAGACACACACACAAAUUAGUUCUUGGGAAAUUUAGCCAACACAGUCAUAGUAGAGAAAUAACAAGAGAUAGCAUUUUUUCCACUAGUGGGUGCUCGAGCAUGAAUGUCUGGUGUAACUACCACAAGUAAUACCUACAGUGAAUGAGUUGAGCAAGGGCUAAUGCCAGUCGAACUAAAUUACUGGAUCUGACAAUUGAGUAAAGAUGAAAUUUGAUUUCUGCAAGUGAUAGACGUCAGGUCCUUGUGGAAAAAUACAAUUGGAUACAUCCCUUUAUGUCAGACAAGGCAAUGUUUGAAUAAGGCAUCAGUUCAGCUAUUUUCAAGCUUGGACAUGAGUCCUUGCAGAACUUGAUAUGUAGUUUCUCAUGUUGAUUCCAGCCAGUCUUGCUUGUCUGCCUCAGUUGUGCGAGCUGGUAAUUUUGGUGACUUCUGGAGGACCAUGGUCGGAACCCAGGGAACACAUACAUCUGAGUUCUGGUCAUCAUUUUACACCUAGCUAUAGUCAGAUAGUCCUUCUCUGGAGACUUUUAAGCAGAGGGUGAAUGACCAUCUGUCAGGAAUGCUUUCAUUUUAUUUCCCUUCAUGGCAAGGAGUUGGACUGGAUGGCCCUUGUGGUUUCUUCCAACAUUAUAAUUCUGAUAUUUUUU